CUCGCUGGUUCUAGCAGAGCGCCCUAGAGACUAUCUGCACUUCAAUCUUCCGCUGUUAUACACCGCGAUCCUGGCUUCGAGACUCUUUUCUCCCGGCUAUCAUGGUAUAUCAACCGGAAACAUACUAUCUCGAGCCCAAUAGGCAUGCGCCGAACAGCGACCUUCCGGUAUUGAUAUAUCGAGACUGUCUACCAUUGCCGCUUUCCGAGGCCAAAAGCAAAGAACUCUUCGAGUCGCAUGCUUGGAUCCAGGGAGGCACUUGGGGGCACAUCAGUACCCGCCACUUCCAUCCCAACACGCACGAAUGCUACGGCGUAUUUCAAGGCGAAUCCACCCUCUUGCUCGGAUGUGGUAAAAACGAUACUGGUGGUGGGCAGGAGAUUGACGUUAGGGCUGGAGAUGUCAUUGUCCUGCCAGCUGGCACGGCCCAUUGCAGCACUCAGUCGAGUCAAGAUUACAGGUAUAUCGGAGUUUACCCAGAAGGAGCGCCAAAAUGGCGCAAUGAGUUAGGGAAAGAACCAAUCGACCUGGAAGUGUUCCGGCAAGAGACGACUGCGGUGGCGAUGCCAAAAGAAGAUCCGGUCAACGGUCCAGAUGGUCCACUAACGAAGCUAUGGACAGCAUGACCUCGCAGUGCUACGCCAUUCCAUUCCAGAUUCUUUGCAUGACAAGGUCCAUACCAAUGCGAGAAGAUUAUGCGGCAUCUGGGGCGGCUGGUGUCGGCUUGGGUAUGGGGACUUCGUGUCCAAGUUGAAGAUGAUUCCAGCAAACUGCACAGCGUCAGUGUUAAUGAGCGAGAAUGUGUCUCGAACGAUGCACGUACUUGUGUUGCCCAAGUCAUUACCAAAGAACGUUUCGAGGACGCUCACUCCAUGUGCGGUUCCUGCUUCCUUCCAAUAUGC